UCGAACAAGUGGGGAAGCGUGCUUGAAUUUGAAUUCAAGCAAGAACUAACAACUUGUUAAGAUCUUGGUCAACUACUACAGCACAGAUGCACUGAGCUGUAUUGUAACAAAGUCUAUCUUAAUACCUGGUAAAAUAGUGUGCAAGUUUGUAUUCGUGUAAUACUAUAGCUAGUAUCGCCGCAACGUUUAAAUCGCUGCUCAGUGUUGUAGCUAACAUUAAAGGCAUCGCUGCUUGAGGAGAGAUCACUGCACUUGCAAUGAAAGCAGGCGUCCACUGCCGUUGUUCAAAAUGCUACUCUGUUCCGGCGAGGAAGCGGGUCCGUAAGCGAACUCCGGCCUUAACUUUGCUGUCUCUACCUGAGGAAGUCCUCCUCUGUGUGCUCCAGUGCCUCUCUGCUGAGGACCUGCUGUCUGUCAGAGCAGUUCACUCCCAGCUGCGUGACAUUGUUGACAACCACUCCAGUGUAUGGGCCAGGGUCAGUUUUAGGGACACGUGGCCAUCGCCCAAUACCUUAUGGCUAUUUGAAAGAGCUGCUGAGAAAGGGAAUUUUGAAGCUGCUGUGAAGCUAGGCAUUGCUUAUUUGUACAAUGAAGGACCGUUGUUGAGUGAUGAGGGGCGAGCGGAUGUAUGUGGUCGUAAGGCCUCCCACUUCUUCAGCCUGGCAGAGAGCCUGCGCUCUCCCACAGCAGAUCCCUUCAUCUGGGUGUUCAUCCGUCCACCGUGGUCGCCCACUGGCAGCUGCUGCAAGGCCGUGGUGUUUGACCGGCUGAAGGCUGAGUGUGACAACAACUUGGAGAAGAGGGGGCCCUUGUUGCACUGUUUGGCCAGAGUUUUGCAGCUGUUUGAAGAGGAUGAAAAACGCUCAGAUGCCAUAUCUAUGCUGGAGGACUCUUCGCAGGCUGGGUGUCUACAGAGCUCCUACCUGUUAUGGGAGCACAACCGCAAAGCAGCUAUAGCUGAUCCAGGCAGGUACCUUCAGUGUGUCCGAACCCUCAGGGACUACGCUGGCAAAGGAUGCUGGGAGGCACAGCUCACCCUGGCCAAAGUGUGCAGCAGUGGGAAUCCGCUGGGUUUGGAGGCAAAGGCCUGCUCUGACUUGGUGGCCCAACUCUUCAGUUCCUCUAACCUGGCAUCACAGCACUGUUCUCAGGGCAUCUCCAGACGAGGCAUCAAGGACACCAUGAGGUACAUCCUGGUAGACUGGCUUGUGGAGGUGACCACCAUGAAGGACUUCUCCAGCCUGACGCUGCAUGUGACAGUGGGUUGUGUGGACCGCUACCUGGCUCUUCGCUCUGUCCCAAAGGCUCGCCUUCAGUUAUUGGGCAUCGCUUGCAUGGUAGUUUGUACACGCUAUAUCAGUAAAGAAAUCCUGACCAUACGUGAAGCUGUUUGGCUCACUGACAACACCUACAAAUAUGAGGACCUGGUUCGAAUGAUGGGAGAGGUCGUCUCUGUGCUGGAGGGAAAGAUCAGGAGCCCCACACUGCUGGACUAUGGGGAGGUCCUUCUGUCUCUGCUCCCUCUGGAGAGGCGGACCACUCACCUAUUCAGCUACAUCUGUGAGCUGUCGCUGCUCUACUCUGCUCUCGCCACACCGCCACCUGCCAAACUGGCCUGUGCUGCACUACUGCUUACACGAGCACUACAUCACUAUGCUCCCCUCUGGCCCAACCAGUUAGCUGACUACACAGGCUUCUCCAAACAAGACCUCAUCUCCCUUUCUGUGUUGCUCUAUGUCAAGUGUUUCAGUCAAGAUAUUCCCAGAGAUUAUAGACAUGUGUCUCUAACUGGAGUCAAGCAACGGUUCGAAGAUGAGGCUUACCAGCACAUCAGCAAAGAUAAGGUGAUGGAUUUUAAAGAGCUGUGUCAGAUCUUGGAGAUUCCUGAGGUGGAGCCUCAGAUGGAGCCUCCCAGCCCCACUGGUCAACCAGGAGACAUCCAUACCUUCCUUGCCUCUCCAUCCAGUACCAACAAGAGGAGACGUGAUGACAGCAUGCAGGCCCACAGAGCCAGUUUUGUGGCCACGCCCACGGCAGAGCUGUCCCAUCAGGAGGAGACACUGCUAGGCGACAUCCUGGACUGGAGCCUGGACACUUCCUGUUCGGGUUAUGAGGGGGACCAGGAGGAAGAGAGCGAGGGAGAGAAAGAUGAUGAUUCUUCAAUGAUAUCUGUCAAACUGCACCCACUGACUGAUGCGGACAGAAGACUGGAGUACUGCAGAGCCCUAUCCAGCGACGAGGACAGCUUCUGUGCAGCGGAAAGGGACGAGGACAAGGAUUGCCAAGGCCAGGAACCCCUAUCCUUCUCUACAGACCUUCACAGUUCAGGAUACUCCUCGGUCCAGAGUGUUAGCCCCUCAUCCACGUGCUCCUCCUCCUCCCUCAUGCCUUGCACCUUCAAGACCUUUACCGCUUCUUUGGGUGCAGGUUCUGCUAAUGCCCAGCCAGGCUUCCGCCUUUUGGUGCCUAUGCAGAGGCCCCGGGGCACCUCCAGCAAACAAGUGAAGAGGAAGAAUUCAGCGGCUCAUAGUGGAGGUGAGGUGGAAAGAGAAGAAGAGGACAAGGAAGAGGACACGUAUUCUACCAACAUGGGGUUUCUGAGCCUAUAGACAGUGGUUAUUUCAACGGCCCCAGGCUGUUCACAGACCACCUGCUCAGUCAUUAUCCUCCAGCACUUUCCUUUAGUUCUCAACGCUGUUCCUCACUCCUAUCAGUCUGCACUGGUCCAUCAAUUGCCAAGGGAUCAAGAAACUUUGAGGUUUAAGACAACUAAGGGAAAAUAAAUAUAUAAUAUGAAUUACCUAGAAACUUGCCUUUCUAUUACAUUUCAUUUCAUUUACACGUUUACAGGCACGGCGCAAUAAAAUACCUCCCAUGAACCUUGACUCAGUCAGCUCUCAAACCACUGGAACAUAGCUUGACUUUCCUCAGGACCCUGGUACGAUGGUUGCCAUUUCUGUUGUUUUACAGCCUUCUACAACAACCUAUCUCAGAUCAUGUUAGAUAGUUGUUUUUAAAAAAUUAAAAAAAACAAACAAAAAAAACCUCACAGACUUUAUUUUUUGGAAAGCAUGUUCAU